AUGCGCGCUUGGAGCCUGCGGCCCCGCCUUAAAGGGGCGUUCUCUCCCGCGCCCCUCUUAGACCGGAUGACCCGCUACUGCGCGUUAAAGACCGGAAGCUCAGCUUUUAUUCGUUUUCUCUACAUGACAAAGACUUUAAAGAAUAUUACGUGAUUUUCUUGGCUUCCCAGUGAAUACCAGUUCCUGUGUAAUGACCGUUUUAUUCCUGACUCUCUUGACAUCAGAUGGAGUGUCUGUUAUUUAAAGCAAACUGCAAUCCCAACAAUGUUUUCUUUGCCUCAAGACUGUCAGGGAAAAGAUACUUCUAAAAAAAAAUCUGACAAGACAAGAUUAGGAGAUGAGAAAGAAGUAUGCCUAAAAGCUAAAUCUUAAGAAUCAUUUGCAGCCAGAAAAACUCAGGUACUCCCUGAACUUGCAGAGUUUCAUGACUCAUCUGCUCUGGUAAAGGCACCAGCUCCAAGAACAGAAAGUAUACAAAAUAACAUAUUACCUCUUAAGCAAGAUCCAUUAAAAAUAUCAGUAAGUUAAGAUUUAGGUGUGGUUGGGUUUUGUGCAUCUUCUGAGAAUCUAAAUUCUACAACUAUGGCUUUGACAGCUUCAAAUUCAGAAGACAUCAUUAAUAAUUGUAACCCAAACUUUACAACUAAUUCAUUGGAAACGUCAGAUGAGGAAAGCUCAUUCCUCUUCAGCAGGGGGUGGGGGGGUGGAAGGGUAGGAGGGGCAUUAAACUUAAUUAACAAAUCUUUUAUUACCAUUUUUAUAUCCAUAGAAAAUUCUAAACCUACAGUUAAUUCUUUUCUACCAGCUCCCAAGGAAAGCAUGGAUAUGGAAGAAACAGACAUUGAAGACUCCUUAUAUAAAGAUGUAGACCAAGCCUGUUUAUGUAAAAAGCCUGUCUUAGAAACAGACCAUUGUCAUAGUCUGGCUCCUGAACCCAUGACAGAACGACAAACUCUAAGAAGCUUGAAGUCCAUGGGAGGUCUUAGAAGGCAACUACAACAGGAGAACUGGCUGUAUGAAGAAAAUAUCAAGAUGAUAGAGAACUAUUGCAUAAUGUAUGAAGUCCGAAUGAUAUAAAGAAGUUUUUAAAACUAUGAUUUUUGUGUAAGUUUUUUCCAGCUAAAUCAAACCAUGUGAAGUGAACUUUGUCCUGUAGAUAAAGUUCUUUGAAGCUAUGAAUGUACUUUAUUGUCCUGUUAAAAUGCUCAUUAUAAAAGGGGAAACUAGAAGAGUUGUUUGG